AUGAGCUCUACAUCUACGAGUUCAACGAAUCUUAAUAUCAAAUGGCAUGAAAAUUGGGCUUUUAAUUGUGACUUUUCUGGUAAUGAUUUGACACAUAUCCAAAUAUCGGGUGAAUCCUGUGGUACAAGAUGUGCUCAAACACCGCGAUGUUCUCAUUAUGCCUGGACUACAUAUAAACAUGGCACAUGUUGGUUGAAACAAGGGCAGAUAUCAAAGAAGCAGGCUGUUGAAAAAAAUGACAACGGCAAUGUUUGUGGAGUAGUGGGCCCUUACGAACAAAUUUCUAAUGAAUAUCCAAUAAUUUCAAAUAUUUUCGCUACACAUUAUCUUGAUAAUGACUCUGAUGGAUGUGCGCUUCCAGUAUCACACUAUACUAUUAGUUAUCCGGUUGCUCUAGGAAAUAUAAUGGCUUUGAAAUAUCUUAAAUUUCGACCAGAAUUAUGUGGUCAAGUUCUCACGAUUAACUGUGGUCAUGGAUCAUUAGAUACUAUCGUUACGAAUUCGAAACCUGAAGGUGGUCUUCUUCUUUAUACUUCUACUUGGAACAAACUCAUCAAGAACAACAAAACUGAAAACGUUUCAUGCAGUGUUCAGCUCCAAUUUCGCAACGUUUUCGAAUCUUCUGAGCCCCGUUGCUAUUACAAGUUAGGAACAAUAACUUCCACUACUCAUCGGUACAAAAUAGGCAUUUUGAACACGUAUGGACGUAUUGUCAGCGAAGCUACUAUAGAUAACCAAUCCGCACAUCCUCGAGGAGCUAAUUCUUCUUAUGCAUUUGACUUUGAUUUCGUUGAUAUGAACAAAGAAGUUAUCUUUACUUUCGAGAAUGGAAUGAAAAACUCGUUUCGGUUGGAAGAAUGUCUACAUCAUCAAACUGAACAAAUUUGGAGUUAA